AAGGAAAAUAGUCAAACAGUGGAUGAAUCAAGAAAUUUGAAAAAGGGUGGCCGGCUAUUUUCGAGAGAGGGUAGUUGGAAUUUCAAACCAACUUCAUUUCUGUCUCGAUUAUGAUAAUCACAAGUUCACAACACUCGCUUUCAAAAUCUUCCCCGUUUUAACUCGAUUGAUACAUUGCUACAGACAUAUCUGAAAGAAAAAAACGGGGCUGUUUGAUGACAGAAAUGGUGGUUGUACCAAGAGGAGCUGGGUGCGCCGCCGUAUGUGGCGGCGGUUGUGCCGGAGAUGACACAACAAAAGGGGGUUCUUCAAAAGAACACCAAAACCACCUCUCCUUAGUGGCUCUCAUCAUAGCAGCUCUAAGAAAAUCAAUGACAGCUUGCCGAGUUGAUGAUCAGAGGGAAGAAUCAAAAUCAACAAAACCAGCAACUCUUCAUCAUAUGGAAAUCGGUUGGCCAACUGAUGUUCAGCAUUUGACUCAUGUUACCUUCGAUCGAUUCCAUGGAUUUUUAGGUCUUCCUGUUGAAUUUGAAGUUGAAAUCCCCUGUCGAGCCCCCAGUGCCAGUGUAAGCGUUUUUGGGGUUUCAGCAGAAUCGAUGCAGUGUUCUUAUGAUUCAAGAGGCAACAGUGUCCCGACAAUUCUGUUGCUCAUGCAGGAACGUUUAUAUGCUCAAGGAGGUCUAAAGGCGGAAGGAAUUUUCCGUAUAAACCCGGAGAACAGUCAAGAGGAGCGGGUGCGGGAGCAGCUAAACAGAGGCACGGUGCCCGAAAACAUCGAGGUCCAUUGUCUUGCGGGUUUAAUCAAAGCCUGGUUCCGGGAGCUUCCAAGUGGUGUCCUUGAUGGCCUCUCACCCGAUGAGGUUCUACAGUGUAACACAGAGGAAGAGCGCGUUGAGCUUGUGAAACAGCUCAACCCCACACAAUCUGCAUUGCUUAAUUGGGCUGUUCAUCUCAUGUCUGAUGUCGCCCAACAACAAGAAUCCAAUAAAAUGAACGCCAGAAAUAUCGCCAUGGUCUUUGCCCCCAACAUGACUCAGAUGUCGGAUCCGUUGACAGCUCUAAUGCACGCUGUACAAGUGAUGAACCUGCUCAAGACAUUGAUCGCCAAAACCCUAAGAGAACGUGAAGAGACAACCGCCGGAGUCUCAACGGUUUCAUGUCCUUCCGACCAUCAUCAAGAGAUGAAAACCAGAUGUGAACCGGGAAGACAACCAUCAGCAUCAUCAUCAUCCAAAGAACAAGAACAAGAUGAUGAUGAUGAAGCGGAAUCAUCGCUAAGCGAGAUUGAAGAAAAUUUUCUGAAACGAAUCGAGGAGAACAAGAAAGCAAAGGAUCGGUUCAAAAGAGAACUGGAUCAUCUGGUGACACAACGUUCAAGUCCAACGAGCGGGUUUGACUUUCAAGAGGAAUCAUCGGGUGCUAGUCUUAAUAGUCUGGUUUCUAAAAAAACUGAAACCGCCAUACACAUCGUAGGCCGACAUGGUAGACGGAAUGGGAAUGUAUGAACUCAUAAUUUUCUGAUUCUUGAAAACUUUAAGCAGUUGCUGCAUAUCAAAACCUGCUUGCCAUGUCAUGUUUUAGUUUUAAUAAUAACUUUGUAAAAUGUAAACCAGCAUGCCAUGCCCUGUUUUAUGCCAAUCUUCUAACAUAUCUUCCUCA